AUGGGCUCCAAAAUGCCAACUGCUAUAGAUUCCAACACCAAACUAUCGUCCUUCCUCUCCACGCACCCCAACAUCCGCACCAUCAUCACGCAAUGGGUCGACAUCUGCGGCGUAGCCCGCUCACGCACCACGUCCAUCCAGCGCUUCAUUGAGCUCGUCAACGCGGGUGGCAGCUUCAACGGCAGCGUUCUCGACAUUCUAUCCUCUUCAACAGGCGGCCUCUGUGACGAACUACUCGUCCACUUUGCCGACAAGCGCCACAGGAUCGUGCCGGAUGUUAGUUCCAUAAGGGUUGGAUUUCCCUUGUGCGAGACCUCCGCUGUGGUGGUGGGUGAGGUUCAGGGCGGUGAGAUUGAAGCGGAUGCGCGUGCGAAUCUACGACGGAUAGUGGACGAGGGCGCUGCGGAGGGAUACGCGUUCAAAAUUGGCUUUGAGCUGGAGUUUGUGCUUCUCGAGAAGAAUGAGUUGACACCCGCGGCACCGGGGUUGACUGGCGUAGGGAGUAAUUCGCCCUGGUACAGAUCGAAUGUAUGGCCUUUGAUGGAGGAGGUGAUUACGGCGCUGGCAGAUGCGGGCAUCCUCGUCGAACAAGUGAUUAAGGAAAUGGGCCCUUCGCAAUGGGAGGUUGCCCUGCCGCCUUUACCACCUGUUGAGUCGGUAGACGCGUACAUGUACGCCCGAGAAACGAUUCGCAAUGUUGCCCACAAGCAUAAUGUCGUGGCGACGUUCUAUCCCACCCCGUAUGUGGGCGAUGGCCAACCCUCAGGAGAGCAUAUCCAUGUAUCGGCCACGAAGGGCGGCGACGACGGCACAAGCAAUACCUGGAAUCCGGAUGAAAUGAUGGCCGGGAUACUAAGCCAUGCGCCUGCCCUGGCGGCCAUUGGACUACCGCAGAGUGAUUCGUAUAUCCGCGUGGGGAAUGGUAAGAUGGGAGCAGGUGGCAUGGUAGCUUGGGGAGAUAACCAUCGUGAUGUUCCGGUGCGGAGGAUCGGCAGAAAUCACUGGGAAGUGAGGGUCCAUGACUCUACGGCGAAUGCGUAUGCUAUGGUGGCGGGAAUGAUAGCCGCCGCAAUGGACUUGAAAGCUCUUGAUAUUGGGGGGUUGACGAAAUUCACGCCAUUUUGUUCAGAGGAGGAGCUGAAGGCGCUGAAUAUGACGAGAAAGUUGCCUCAUUCGCUGGAGGAGGCGCUGAAGGAAGUGGAAGAUGAGAGGGAGUGGCUUGAGAAGACGCUGGGGAAGGACUAUGUUAAGUGGUUUUUGGUGUUGAAACGAGGAGAGUUGGAAAAGCUGGGUGGUAUGGAUGUUGAGCAGAGGAGGAAGCUUUUGGUUAAUCACUUUUAG